UGGAUAUCUCAGUGCUUGCUUCUUUCUCAUAUGCUGACCACUAGUUUACAGGGUUUAUUGUAAUUUUGCUUCAUUUCGCUCUAAAACUGUGAGACUAAACUGGGACUUGUUUGGGUUUCAACAAGUUCCUGUGUGUGAACAUGGUGACAGUCGGCAUGUUGCAGAUUGUCCUCUUUGUUCCAGCUGCUUUGGCUGAUUGUCCUGAUGAUGCAGCACUCUUUAUAACUGCAUCAAAGAAGCUGGAAGCACUGAGUGGAUCUUGUUUGCAAAUCCCAUGUAGCUUCAGACCCAAAGAAGAACAGAAAUUUGACAGCACAAGAAAAACAUUUGGAGUGUGGAUUAAAAACAAUUCUGAUAUUAACAAAAUCAAAAACAAUGUGAUCUUCAACAGUAAUGGAGCAGUUAGCAUCUAUCCAAUGAGUAUUACUGGGAACCUGAGUCAGAGAGACUGCACCACUCUGUUUACUAAUUUAACCACAAACUACACAGACACAUACUUCUUCAGAGUAGAGAGUGAAACAUUCAAGGCGACUGCUGCUUGUGAUCCUCUUCAAAUAACAGUCAGAGAUUCUCCUUGGAGGCCCAAUAUUACAAUCCCAGGUGAUCUGAAGGAGAAGGAGUCUGUCACUAUAACCUGCUCAGCUCUCACUCCCUGUCCACACUCCCCUCCUCAACUCACCUGGAAUCUCACACAAGACUCUCACAACAAAACAGAGGAAAACACAGAUGGAAGCUUUACAACUAAAAUCCAGCAGACCAUCACUCUGUCAGACACACAUGAUGGAAAGAAGAUCAGCUGCUCUGCCAGAUAUCCUGUGAACCAAGGAAAACACACCAAGACAGCAGAGACAGAAGAGACUCUCAGUGUUUCAUAUGCUCCUAAAGACACCUCAGCAUCCAUCAGUCCAUCAGGUUUGGUGUCAGCAGGCAGCUGGGUGAAGCUGACCUGCUCCAGCAGAGCCAAACCUCCAGUCAGCAGCUUCACCUGGUUCAAGAAGAGCAGAGAUGGAGCUGUGAAAGUAUCUGAGGGAGAGAUUUACAGCUUCAAUGUAACAGAUGGAGGAGUUUAUUACUGUGUGGCCACUAAUGAUCUGGGUAAUCAGACAUCAGCAGAGAUUCAUCCAACAGGAACACAUCAGCCUUUAUCAUGGGGGGCUGCUGUAGGAGGGAUCACUGGGAUCAUCGUACUCACCUGUAUGGUUUUUGUGUUUUGGCGACUAAAAUCAACACGUCAAGCUUCACAUCAGGCACAGAAUCUGUGUCUUCAAGAAAAUGAGGACGGCCAUUAUGAAGAGAUUUUCUUCUCCAACCAGAGACCUUCUUUAGACUGAAUGUAGGACAGCAAGUAGGCAACAGUGUAAUACAGACAGCUAAUCGGGUUGUGUCGGUACCUAUGUAAUUGGCAGGCUGCACAUCUGGAAAGGCACCAUCACUGCUGAUACAUAUUACAGCAAGAUGAAUCACAUAAUGUAUCUAUUACACCUGCUUGAACUCAUAGUAAAAGAAUCUGGGUGCUGCACUGGUCUGCCUGCAGUCCAGACCUUUAACCACCUGGAAACAUUUGGCACAUUUUGAAACCAAAAAUAUGACAAACCGAACACUGUUGAACCGUAUGAGACAAGACUGGGACAACAUUCUUUUGCAAAAAGUUACGCCAAUGCUCUCCUCUGUUCCCCGAGUUUUACUGACUGCUGUUAAAAGAACAGGAAAUGCUGAAUGUCUCUGUUUUUUGGGGGGGAACAUGUUUUGCC